AUGACGAGCAGCUAUAGUAUACCCCAGACGGGCUGGAGGCGCAUUUAUGCGCAAUUCGUGGACUACUGGAUGGUGCUGCAUGAGAAAACGCAUCCGCAGCACACCACGCUCUAUUAUAAUCGGCUGCAGCUAAUGGUCAUAUGCAACUAUCCGAACAAGGAGCAGCGCCGCUCGCCCAUUCGCCACCUCUGGCAUAGAAUCAUCCUGCUGCAGACGAACCUCUUCUUUGUCACUUUGCUGUUUGCGCUGCCAGAGUCGGUCGAUAAUAUAGUCGACUUUGGUCAGAAUAUUCUGUGGCUGAUCUCGUGCUUCUACUUGAUAUUCAAAUGGCACUACUUCUACUUUCGGGCAGACGACGUUGAUGAGAUUAUCAAUGAUCUGGAUGAGUGCCACUGCAUGGCCGUGAGUGGUGCGGCGGCGCCAAUCAUACGCAACGAGCAGCGCAGGUUCUUUCUGAUCGAGUCCUCACUGACAUUGGCCUGGCAUGUGGCCAAUGUGGUGUUCAUUGUCCUGGCGACAUCGCAGCCUCUGUGGACGGACCAGAAGCUGCCGUUCAAUGCAGUUUAUCCUUUCGAGUGGCACGAUCCUGAAAAACAUCCCAUUGCACAUGCUAUCAUAUACAUUUGGCAAUUCUAUUUCCUAGCCUACAACAUGGCCUGUGUUAUGUAUUGCGACGUUUUCUCAUCGCACUUGUUCGCUCAGCUGGCGAUCAACUUGAAGAUUCUGUGCAUUGAGCUGGACACCUUUGCCAGGUGGAUAGGCCUGGUUAGAUAUAUAUCCAGAUCAUUCAGAACUGAUCUGGAUUACUUUGUCAAUAGGAACGUGAAUCGCACCAACGAAGUGUUCUAUGCGCCGCUCACAAUGCAAAUGCUAACCGAGAUUUUACUGAUAACUCUGUCCACAUUCGAGACUCUAGCCGCUAGACAGGACCUCCGUGUGGCAGGCAGUUUCAUUAUAUUUAUGCUUCUAACGUUCUGUCAUUGCGCCUACUUUUGCUAUUUUGGCGACAUGGUCACCGAGCACUCGAAGCAGGUGGCCCAGUCCGCCUACGGCGCCUAUGAAUGGUCGCCCAACUCGCGAAUAUUGCGUCGUGAUCUACUCUUCAUGAUAAGCCGAGCACAGCAGCCGCUGUCCGUGACGCCCAGCCCCUUUCCGCCCUUCAAUCGGAUCACUUUUAUGAGUGUAAUUAAGCAAUGCUAUAGGAUACUGACACUCUUGAUGGAGAGCAUGGAUUAA